CUAAUUUCCCUCCUUAAGCUUUAUUUUCCAACACCGAGUCAUUUGCGUUGCAAACGGCGACAUUUUAAUAUUUAAAAUGGGUGUCGACCCAUUCUCGCUGCGGGGAAGGCGAGGCCGUGCGGUUUUGCCUCGCUCGCCUCCCCGGGGGUCGGCCUGAGGCUCCGGGAGAGGCACCGCCGGCUCCCAGCGUCACUCGCCCUGCAAGGCACGGCCUCCCCUGCCCGAGGGCCCACCGACCUGGGGGAUGCACAACGUCCGGGGACAGGGCGGGACGGGGCGGGAGACCCAGCCCUGCCCUUGCCGAAGCGCCGGGAGCGGGGGCAGCGCCGGGGACCGGAACCGGCAGCAGGGCAGCGGCAGCACGGCCGGGAACGGCCGCCGGGGGGCAGCGCGAGAUCGCCCAAGCGCUGCCGGCUCGGGCUGGGCCCGCACCGCUCCGCUACCGCCCGGCUCCGCACUGCAGGGCCCGGCUCCCGCCCGCACCGCCCGGCUCCGCACUGCAGGGCCCGGUGCCUUCUCGCACCGCCCCGGCUCCUGCCCGCGCCCCUCCCCGCGAGUGCUCGCUCCGGGCAGGCGGCUGCCUCUUCUGCCAGCUAGCCUGCGACAGGAUGAGACGAACAGUCUUAAGCUGCGCCUGGGGAGGGUUAGCCGAAUUGAUUCCGUGAUUGCGCUCCCGCGGGGCAAGGCCCAGCAGAAGGCGGCCCCGGCUCCCUCUCCCUCAGCCGCCGGCCCGCCCGAAGCCCGCGUUCCCCAAGCGAGAGGCCGCACGGGCCUGAUUCCUCGAAGCCCUUGACACUGGAAAUUGGGAAUUCCCCGUGCCAUUAGCACUUAGCAGUAGGCGCUCCAGCCCAGCCAAGAACAAGGGAUUAAGAGGUCAGUCAAAAAGGGUUCCUGGAACUACGGAAGAAAUUCUAGCAAAGACCACAGCCUACGUCACUGAUGCUGGAGAAUGAUUCCAUGACAACCAGGAGUUUGUCUACCCCCAAACUGCACCCCCUUACCCACAGUAGCACCACUAGACUAUUCCUUGUCUUAGGAGGGGAGGCAGAAUUCUCCCAGCAGGACUGUUUAGUAGGCUAAAAUGAACUUGUCCACUCCCAAAGGUGCUGAUGGAAAUCUGAAUAGCCAUAUGAGUCAGUCAGGACCUCAAUAACCUCAUCCUUCAGAGCUAACCUCACAAGAUGAAGCAGUGCAUCACUGUUGCCUUGAACAGAAAGGUCAUCCUGAAGUUUUGAUGUAAUCCACCUCAGCUGCCCAGGAACCCAGGGAGCUGGCAAAUAAAAGACAGUAAAACUAUA